AUGGGUAACAAGGUGGGAAUUGAUGAGACAGUACCAGCAUCUCCAGUUGAAGCCACUACUUCCAAGGUAAGUGAAAAGGAGAAGGUGAAUGCACCACCUUUCCCUCAGAGGAAGUUUCAAGACUAUGAAAAAGUUGUUUUAACAGAAAAGGUAAGUGCAGUGCUAUUGAGAAAGUUGCCACCAAAGCUAAAAGAUCCAGGUAGUUUUGCUAUUCCUUGCAGGAUUGGUGACCAACUUUUUGAUCGUGCAUUGCUAGAUUUGGGAGCAACUAUAGAAGAAUCCCCUAUGUCAUUGCAUUUACCUAUUAUUUUGGGAAGAUCCUUUAUGAGAACUGCAGAUACUAAAAUUUGUGUGAAAAAGGGUAUUGUGAGUAUGAAGGUGAACGGGGAGAAAAUAGAGUUCAAAGUUUUUGAUGCAUUAAAACCACCCCAAGAUAAUCUUGAUUGCUUUAAUAUCCGUAUGCUUCAAAAUGCUGUGGAGGAAGUUUUUCAGGGCUUUAUAAGAUAG